UCUUUCUCGUUUUUCGUUUCGUCCAAUACGGCAAACGUCAAAUCUAUGUUUUUAUUUAAAGUUUUUUAAAUAAAUUGUUAUCAAGAAUAUCAAGGCAGUUAAAUAACUUCGCAUUAAUAAGUUAUUAAAGUGUAUCAUUUAUUGCGCAUCUUAUCGUUUACGUCUGUGUUACGUAAAUUGAGAUACUGUGAACAGUGUUCGGCACCGGGCAAGCGUAAGAAAAUGAUUGUUUCGCGAAUCUAUACAACUCGAAUUUGUAAAUUUUAUACAAUUCUAUCAAGAAACAUGCAGUUGCUCAGGAAUCAGGCUUAUAUAAAUGGGCAAUGGGUGAGCGCCGACACCAAUUGUGUAUUUCCGGUGCACAAUCCUGCGAAUGACAGUGUAGUAACUGAUGUACCUGAUAUGGACGCUGGCGAUGCUAAGAAAGCGAUUGAGACUGCUUCUACUGCCUUUGAAACCUGGAAAAAUACUACCCAGAAGGAGCGCUCCUAUAUUCUUAGAAAAUGGUAUGAUGUUUGUCGAGAAAAUACUGAUUACUUAGCCGAAAUCAUAACGGCCGAAUCUGGUAAACCACUCUCGGAAGCUAAAGGCGAAGUGGCUUACGGUAAUUCGUUUUUGGAAUGGUUUGCUGACACUGCAAGGCACAUAAAUGGUGAAGUGUUAACAAGCCCAUGGCCAAAUAAACAAAUUAUGGUAACCAGACAUCCUGUUGGAGUAGUAUCAGUAAUAACACCAUGGAACUUUCCUUUUGCAAUGAUCACACGUAAAGUAGGUGCUUUAAUGGCGGCAGGAUGUACUUGUGUUAUUAAACCAUCAGAAGAUACACCAUUAGCGGCAUUAGCUGCUGCACAAUUAGCGGAACAAGCUGGUGUACCAAAAGGUGUUAUUAACGUGGUUACAACAAGUAGAAAAAAUGCUCCCGAAGUUGGCAAGAUAAUGUGUGAACAUCCAAAUAUAAGAUGCAUAUCUUUCACUGGCUCUACUCAUGUGGGAAAAAUCUUGUAUGGAAUGGCAGCUAAGGGAGUGAAAAGGGUAGCUUUAGAGUUAGGUGGAAAUGCUCCAUUCAUUGUAUUUUCAAGUGCUGAUAUAGAAAAUGCAUUAAAUCAGGCAAUGUUAGCUAAAUUUAGAAAUAAUGGUCAAGCCUGUGUUGGCGCAAACAGAUUUUUGAUUCAUGAAGAUGUGUAUGAUAAGUUUGUUGCGGGUUUCAAGGAAUACAUUGGCAAUAAAUGUAUCUUAGGUCCUGGUACAAAGGAAGGUGUAACUUGUGGGCCUUUAAUCAAUGAUAUGCAAGCUCAGAAAGUAUCCGGCUUGGUGAAUGAUGCUAUUAAACAUGGAGCAAAACCAUUAAUUGGUGGAAAAUUCUCCAACAUUGGGAAUAAGUUUUAUGAGUCAACAUUAUUAGUUGAUGUUAAACCUAAUAUGGCUAUUUAUGGUGAAGAGAUUUUUGGGCCGGUUGCUGUUUGCCUAAAAUUUAAAACAGAAGAUGAAGUUGUUGAAAUUGCAAACAAUACAAACAGUGGACUUGCAGCAUAUGUGUUUACUAGAGAGCUUGGCCAAGCAUUCAGGAUGUCUCGUCGUUUAGAGUUUGGGAUGGUUGCUAUAAACGAUGGUAUACUCUCAGCCGCUGAACCUCCAUUUGGUGGAAUAAAAGAAUCAGGAAUAGGAAGAGAAGGAAGCAAACAUGGCAUUGAAGAGUACACAGAUAUCAAAUAUACUCUAUUCUCAGGUCUAGAUAUGUAAUCUGUCUAAACAGAUUACAGUGCAUUGUGUACCUUUUUAGUUAUUUUUAUUAGCUUGCAAUCCUCUAACUGUAAGUUUCUGAGACUAAAUUCUUAAUUUUAUUUUAUUA